AUGGUGCAGGGAAUGGAACGGAUCGACCUGACAGCAAACAGGUCAGUGUUCGAACAACAAAAAGGAGAAGCAAGAGAAAUAAUUCUAAAGGCACAACAAGAGUGGAUUGAAUUUGAAGAGGCAACAGGAAAAGAAAAAAUGGACAAAGAAGGAGGAGCAGGAGAGGGAAUAAUAGUAAGGAACUGGACAAGAAACAUCAUAAGAGCAAUCGGUGUAGUGGAAACAAAGAAGGGAGGAGCUCUAAUGGAAGAAACUUUAACCAUUAGAAUGGCACUCCAAAUGGCAAGACAAGCAGUUUGGAGGAAAAUAGAAUCGCUAUCAGACUGUAAAACAGCAAUUGACCAGAUCAAAAGCAACAAUGUGCAGGAUGGUCAUAUAGCAACCAUUCUGGAAGACAUUGAUGACCUAAUUCAAGGAAGUCAUAGGCUAGCACAUUUUGUAACAAAGGUAGUUAAUGACAUGGAAUGGAAUGCAUCAGCAGCCGUUGAUGGUAGUGGCGGAGUCAAUGUGUUUCAGUUAGUUCAAGCUCAUCAGGAGAAGGCUGCUAGGCUGCCUCCAGUUGAAGAAAUAAAGACACUUCUUCAUCACAGCUUGCGUGCCAUGCUUUCCACCCUCUCUCUGAAGCAUGAAGGUUACCCAUCAGGAUCCAUGGUCGACUUUGCCUGUGAUGCUUACGGAUCUCCAAUUUUAGCAGUCAGCAACUUAGCUGUUCAUACCAAGGAUCUCUUGGCUAAUCCCAAGUGCUCAUUGCUUGUAGCAAAAGACCCUGCUGACAGGACUGAGAUAGUGAUAACAGUGCAUGGUGAUGCUGUCCCUGUUGCAGAAAAUGAUAAAGAAGCUAUUGGUACUGCAUACUUGGCAAGGCAUCCGGAUGCAUUUUGGGUUGACUUUGGUGAUUUCCAAUUUCUGCGUAUUGAACCCAGAGUCAUACGAUAUGUCUCAGGUGUCGCAACAGCUGCAUUGGGUUCAGGAGAAUUUAGCCCGGAGGAGUUUAGAUUAGCAAAAGUGGAUCCCAUUUAUCAGUUUUCCAAGCCUAUUGCGUCUCACAUGAACAAGGAUCAUGGAGAAGAUACAAAACUUAUUGUGCAACACUCAACAUCUAUUCCGGUUGAUUUUGCUCACAUACUGGACGUAGACAGCCUUGGUUUCAAUGUCAAGGCUGGCUAUCAAGGGAACACUUUAAAGCUUCGAAUCCCUUUUACUAGACGUGCUACAGAGAGGAAGGAUGUAAAAACUCUCAUAGUUGAAAUGCUUGACGCAGCUAAGAGCCAAGCCAAGUGACUCCGCAGAAAAGAGUAUAGCAUAUAGGAACAAGUGCAAUGUUAUUGUGGACUAGGGGCUACAAGUGUGCUGUUCAUCUGGAAAGGCAAGCAUGUAAACCAUGAUUUGUCAGAGUCAAAGGAGAGAGCAAAAUACACAGGCCUUCGAACUUCUCUGAUUUUCUUUAUAUUAAGUAGUAGUAGAUAAUUGUGGCAUGAGCUUUCUACUUGGGUCUGCAAGGCUUCUUCGCUCUGAUAGGCAAACCAGAGUAUUGUGGAAAUAAGAAAAUAGUUGUUUCAUGUAAACAUGUUAUAUCAUACAUCCGGCGGUGGUAACUCUGAAUGAUAGUAAAAAUCAUGGGAAGCCGCUUCUCUAUGUAUAUAAUGAUAUGCUCCAUAAGAAUUUGUCUUCCUUUUUUUCUUGUUUAGUGAUGGUGGCACAGGAGUAUGGUUGGUUAGAGAUUUGUUUCUCUUUCGAGGAAUUGCAAAUUGUUAUGAACUUGAGAUCGACGGAAUGGCAAGGUUGUACUGCUAAGUCGCAGGAUAA